AUGGCUAAGAAGAGUAAAGACGAGCCUCUCAACCCCAAUAACAUCACGAACAGGGACAUAAUGCAGCGUCUCAACUUUAUGUAUCAAGCGAGCGUUUACCUAGGCACUGUGCUACCGGUUCCACCCCCCUCAACUCCCCCAAGAAGAGCAAAACGAAGCAGAAGAAUGAACGUCCACGAUCUCUCCAAGGUAUAUGCUGGCUCGAUGAAGACGGUUUCAAAGAAGACGAUGGUCAAAAUUGAUCCAUCCGUAAAGAGAACGAUUUGCCAAGGAUGCAAUCUCGUCCUACUUGCUGGCUCAACAGCCUCUGUUCGUGUCAAUUCUUCAAGAGAACAUGGUCAUGUCAUGUCCUAUCGUUGCAUUGCCUGCGAUUCAACCCGUCGUAUUCCGGCACCCCCGACAUUUAUGGCCAGCCCCAAUACCGAAUCAGAAACGCAAAUCGAUCCGACAACCAAAAUCAAACCCCGCCCACCCCCAUUAUUCGCACGCGACGUUGGCCAUGUCGUUUUUCGCGGCAAUGAACAGUUGUCUUCUACGAUGGCGUAA